ACUCGAUUUUUAAUUGUUUGUGUAUGUGUGUGUGUGUGUGUGUGUACGUUCGUUUCAUUUUUAUAUUAAUAUCAACGAUAAAUAUCUUCGUUAAUUUUUCGAUCCAUCUUCGAAAUCGAUAUAUCGAUCGAAGAUGACACCUGUUUCUUGGAUUAUCUACUUGUUUGCAAUGGGAGUUCACGCAGCAAUGAAUCAAGGUUUUACAAACCAUCCGACGGUUGUAAAGGUCUUUAGAAACGACUCGGUUUUGCUACCCUGUGAUGUGCAAGAUCUCGGGGUGCAAACUAGGGUAAAAUGGUGGGGAAAAGGAAUUCUUUUGGCUGACAGUGACGAUCCUCGUUUGGUAACACCCGAAAGAAUUCACCUAUGGUAUAACGGAAGUUUACUGAUUUCUAACCUACAGCCAGAAGAUACGGGGGAAUAUGUAUGCCAAGCGUCCCGACCAACUCCUUGGGGAUAUGUUACGCAUGUACACGAUAUCCAAGUUAUGUAUCCACCGAGUAUUCGCCCAGUACCGGAAUCCGGCGAACUGGAAGUCAAUUUAAAAGAGGAAGUCGACAUGGAGUGCCUUGCUAACGGAGUUCCUGCGCCCGUCGUAUCUUGGUGGACUAAGGAAGGCGAGAUACCAUUGCUGACAAAUAGACCACGUUUAAGAUUUUAUGCAGAUCAUCGUAAUCGUUCAGGAGAAUAUACUUGCAUAGCCAGCAAUGGUAUCGGUGAUUCAGUAUCGGCAACGAUAGAUCUCCGUAUAAAAUAUAAGCCAGAAAUUAUUGUACAUAAACCGUGGGUUCAUGCAUCCCCUGGAAUUCGAACCCAAUUGGAUUGCAGAGUUAUUGCUUGGCCCGAGGCUGAGGUCGAGUGGUACUUUAUGAACAAGACGGUAUCCUAUUCGAGUAGAAUAGUGAAACAUAGUAUAGGACAUAAUCACAGUUUAGUAAUAAGGAAUGUGAUAACGAAAGAUUAUGGAUUUUACUUAUGUAGAGCAUCGAAUUCCUUGGGAAUAACCGAAGCUGCGAUCGAAUUAUCAGGAGUAGCAAAUCCUGCGGUUUUCAAAGAAGCUAAGAGUAUAUCAAAAACUGCGUAUAAUUUCAUUUGGGAGGUCGAUUGCUAUACUCCUAUCGUCGAAUAUCAAUUCUCCUUUCGUCAGUACAGGAAGUACGUUCACGAAGGUCCGCUUAGAGCAAGCACAACGACGACACAUAAGUGGCACAAACUUUACAUACCGAGCGGAAGCAAUGCGAUUGGUCCGGUACAUGCUCGAUCCUUCAAUUUAACUGGAUUGGCUGAAGCUACUCACUAUGAAGCUUUCGUAGUAUCGAGAAAUCGUUACGGUUCGAGCAGACCAUCGAAAGUCAUACGAUUUGCUACGGAAGGUGCUCCUCCUGAUGCCGAAGAUUAUUACAAAACGAUCGAUGUAGUACCGGAUGAAAAGAUUAAUACUGUCAUACAAAUGGCCUCGAUGUCUCAACAAUCCAGCACGGAAAACAAUGGAUGCUCUUGUGUGAUGAAAAAAAACAUAGCUUUUGUCCUUUCUUUUUCCUUGUUUUUCUCGAGUAUGAGAUUAUAGACUGUCCUUCUUUAAGGACUAUUCUAUAAGGAAACUUACUAUGUCGUUAUAAAAUGAAAAAAGAAAAUGGUCAAAACGCAUAGUUCGUAACGAGGAAAACAAAAUAAAAAUAAAAAGAAAAGGAGAAAAGAAACAUAAUCUUAUGCAAGUUUGACCGAUCUUCAUCCUAUAUUAGGAUAGAUACGCGAGGAAAUUUUAAUGUAUAUUUUUUCUUAGUUCUGUUGCACUGUAUGUACAAAUUAAAAUCACAUUUUAUAUAUAUAUAUAUGUACAUGUAUGUAUGUAUACGCGUAACCUAUAUACCUGAUUUAAUUAGAGUGUAUAAGAGAGACAUAAGCACGUUCAUUCGUUUGCAUAGAACGAUACUCUGCUAAUUACGAAUUAAUACGAUGCAUAGCUAAUUUCAGACGAUUUCGAUUGAUAUUCUAAUUUGUAAAUAGCGACGAAUAUUAAUUUCUUUUAUGGACGAAGACUUGUAAUGAAAAUCACUUGUAUGUCGCUAAAAAUAAAUGAAAAUUAUUUUAUAUAAAAA